CUCAAAUCUAAUCCAUUCUCUCUCACUUUCUUUUCUUUUCUUACUUCUUCCCUUUCUGAAGAGAGAAAGGAGAAGGCCCAAAAGAACUUGAGACGAAAGAUGAUGCAAGAAAAGGUUGAUCUAGGCCUUAGCUUGAGCCUCCACCCUUCUCAAAAUACCUUCCCCCUGCCUUCUUCCACCCCCUCUUUUUCCCCAUUCCCCCUCUACCAAAAGCCACAAUGGAAUAAUCUUCUAAUUCCUUCUUCAGCAGAGGCGGCGCAGCCAAUGCUGAAGGGGAUCGAUGUGAACCGGAAGCCAGCAAUGGAGAGUCUUCUUAAUGCGGAGGAGGAGGAGGAGGGGGAGUCGUCACCCGAUAGCACGCUUUCGAGUGUGAGCGAGAAGAGGAGUACUGAAAGGGAUCCAUUUUGCAACGGUGAGGUUCAUGGGCUUGAGAGGACGGGCUCGAGAGGAGUCAGUGAUGAGGAGGAUGGAGAGGGCUCACGGAAGAAGCUCCGGCUCUCCAAGGAGCAGUCUGCUGUUCUUGAGGAGUGCUUCAAGGAGCACAACACCCUCAAUCCGAGGCAGAAGAUUGCGUUGGCAAAGCAACUCAACCUGAGGCCAAGGCAGGUGGAAGUGUGGUUCCAGAACAGAAGAGCAAGGACCAAGGUGAAGCAGACUGAGGUGGAUUGUGAGUACUUGAAGAAGUGGUGUGAGAGGCUGACACAAGAAAACAGAAGGUUACAGAAGGAAGUUGCCAAGCUGAGGGCGCUGAAGCUGCUGUUACUGCCGGUGAACAUGAUGCCUCCCACCACUCUCACCAUGUGUCCUUCUUGCCGGCGAGUGAUCGCCCCCUCGAACUCAUCCAACUUCUCCUCCACCGCCACCACCGCCGCCACCUCUUCGUCUCCACUGGCAAACCACCAGCACCACCACUUGUUCCCCACCGCGGCCUACUCGAGUCCAAAUCCAUGGAUCAUGGCUCCUUUUGGAGCUGCCUAUCUCCAUCAGAGCUCCUAAGUGCUUUCUUAAAUGACAUCUCAAGUUGUUUAAAGUGCUAACUCAAAACUAAGAAACGACCAUCACUGGUGGCUCUAGGAUAUAUGAAAAAAUUUGUACCAAUUGAUGCAAGAAUAUGUUUGUGAUGGGUGAGGGUGAUAAAAUGAAAUCCCGUCCUUUUUUUUGU